AUGCAGAUGCUUCGUCGCUUGCCAUUCAGGCCCAGCCUCGCCAGGGCCGCCCCAUUGCGGCGGUUCUGCGGCCCGGGCUCUGAUUUGCAGGAGCUUGAUCCUCGCACCUUCCUCAUCGUGGACGUGAGGCAGGACAAGCCAGGUGUUCUGGGCGAGAUAUGCGAGCUUUUUACUCGCUCGUCCAUCAACAUGACGCACAUCGAGUCGCGCUUCAAGUCCUUUGCACGAGACGGGCCCUCCUUUCAUAUCGACUUCCAAGGGCGCCUUGAGGACUCCGAGGUGCAGAGUUUGAUGAAGGACAUCAAGGUGCUGCCGGGUGUCUACGAUGUGAGUGCGCAGCGCCCACGGGAUGUGCCUUGGUUUCCUCUGAACAUUCGGGAGCUGGAUCUGACAAUAGAUACGCUGGAUGGCGGUACCGCCCUCAUCAACAAGGACCACCCGGGCUUUAACGACCCCGCAUACCGAGACAGGCGCACUGAGAUUGUGUCUUUGGCGAAGGCCUACCGGCAUGGGGACAAACUGCCGCGCAUCCAGUACACAGACAAGGAGACAGCAACUUGGCAGGCAGUCUAUGAGAGGCUGACUGCCCUGCACGAGAAAUGGGCCUGCACGGAGUACCGAGAGAUGCUGCCCCAGAUGGAGAAGUACUGCGGCUAUGCGCCGAACAACAUCCCUCAGCUGGGGGACAUCUCCGACUUUCUGCAGCAGCGGACUGGCUUCACUUUGCGGCCCAUCAGUGGCCUGCUGUCUGCCCGGGACUUCCUCAAUGCCUUGGCUUUCCGUGUAUUUUACUCCACGCAGUACAUCAGGCAUCAUGGGAAUCCUUUCUACACGCCAGAGCCCGACAUCUGCCACGAGCUCCUGGGCCACGUGCCGCUCUUCGCGAACCCCGCCUUCGCGGACUUCUCUCAGGAGAUCGGCUUGGCAUCUUUGGCCGCGUCGGAUGAUGACGUGGCAAAGCUGGCGUCGGUGUACUGGUUCACAGUGGAGUUCGGCCUGCUUCGCGAAGGCGGCCAGGUGAAAGCGUUCGGCGCGGGGGUGUUGAGCUCCUUCGGCGAGAUGGAGUGGGCCUGCUCGGGCGCGCCUUCCCAGGAGUGCAGGGACAUGGGCAGCAUGAAGGACCUGCUGCAGCCUGAGCUGAGACCAUUGGACCCCUGGGAGGCCGCCAGGCAGGAGUACCCGAUUACCACCUACCAGCCGGUGAUGUUUUGCGCAGACAGCUUGCAGGAUGCAAAGCACAAGAUCUCCCAGUUCUGCGAUUCUUUGACGAGGCCAUUUUUCCCGCAGUACGACCCAUUGACGCAAAACAUCCGCGUCACCAAAUCCGUGCUGCGGGUUCCCCGGGUGUCGACUGUGGAACUGCAGCAAAAGAAGCAGCAGCAAUUCUUCAAGGACAAGAUGGCAGAAGCGGAUUCGACAGAGGCCGAGUAG